AGUUGUUGUUGAAGCGCGGCGGCGGGAGCGCUGGCUGCACCACGUGGGCCGGACCGGGCCGGGGGCGGGGCCGAGCUGAGGGAGGCCCUGCAGGCGGCAGUGGGGAGCGGAGGCGGGCGCGGGCGGCCGGCCAUGAUCGCUUCGUGCCUGUGUUACCUGCUGCUGCCGGCCACGCGCCUCUUCCGCGCCCUCUCAGAUGCUUUCUUUACAUGUCGAAAAAAUGUCCUUCUGGCGAAGAGCUCAUCCUCCCAGGUAGAAGGCGACUUUGCCAUGGCCCCUCGGGGCCCUGAGCAGGAGGAAUGUGAGGGCCUGCUGCAGCAGUGGCGAGAAGAAGGGUCGAGCCAGGUACUCUCAACUGCAAGUGAGGGGCCCCUUGUAGAUAAAGGACUAGCCCAGAGCAGCCUGGCACUUCUGAUGGAUAAUCCUGGAGAAGAGAAUGCUGCUUCAGAGGACAAGUGGUCCAGCAGGCAGCUGAGUGACCUUCGGGCAGCAGAGAACCUGGACGAGCCUUUCCCUGAGAUGCUAGGAGAGGAACCACUGCCAGAGGUGGAGGGCCCUAUGUGGGCAGCUAUCCCCAUGCAGACGGACCCCCAGUAUGCAGACUGUGCUGUCCUCCCAGUGGGUGCCCUGGCCACAGAGCAGUGGGAAGAGGACCCGGCGGUGUUGGCCUGGAGCAUAGCACCUGAGCCUGUGCCCCAGGAAGAGGCUCCCAUCUGGCCCUUUGAGGGCAUGGGGCAGUUGCAGCCUCCCCCAAUGGAAAUACCAUAUCAUGAAAUUUUGUGGCGAGAAUGGGAGGAUUUCUCCACCCAGCCAGAUGCUCAGGGCCUGAAGCCAGGAGAUGGCCCUCAGUUCCAGUUCACUCUGAUGUCUUAUAACAUCCUGGCUCAGGACCUGAUGCAGCAGAGCUCAGAGCUCUAUCUACAUUGCCAUCCGGACAUCCUCAAUUGGAACUAUCGCUUCAUGAACCUCAUGCAGGAAUUCCAGCACUGGGACCCCGAUAUCCUGUGUCUCCAGGAAGUCCAGGAAGAUCAUUACUGGGAGCAGCUGGAACCCUCUCUGCGAAUGAUGGGCUUUACCUGUUUCUACAAGAGGAGGACCGGGUGUAAAACCGAUGGCUGUGCUGUUUGCUACAAGCCCACCAGAUUCCGCCUGCUUUGUGCCAGCCCUGUGGAGUACUUCCGGCCUGGCUUGGAGCUACUUAAUCGGGAUAAUGUGGGCUUAGUGUUGCUACUGCAACCACUCGUCCCAGAAGGCCUGGGGCAAGUCUCGGUGGCCCCGCUGUGUGUGGCAAAUACCCAUAUCCUUUACAACCCACGCCGGGGUGAUGUCAAGCUGGCCCAGAUGGCCAUUCUCCUGGCAGAAGUGGACAAGGUGGCCAGAUUGUCAGAUGGCAGCCACUGCCCCAUCAUCUUGUGCGGGGACCUAAAUUCUGUCCCUGAUUCACCUCUCUACAACUUCAUCAGGGAUGGAGAGCUCCAGUACCAUGGGAUGCCAGCCUGGAAGGUAUCUGGACAGGAAGACUUCUCUCAUCAGCUUUACCAGAGGAAGCUGCAGGCCCCCCUGUGGCCCACCUCCCUGGGCAUCACUGAUUGCUGUCAGUAUGUCUCCUCCUGUCACCCCAAGAGAUCAGAGAGACGCAAGUAUGGUCGAGACUUCCUGCUACGUUUCCGCUUCUGCGGCAUCGCUUGUCAGCGACCAGUAGGAUUGGUCCUCAUGGAAGGGGUGACAGAUACUAAGCCAGAGCGACCUGCAGGUUGGGCUGAGUCUGUCUUUGAGGAAGACACAUCGGAGCUUGAGCCUGCCUCCUCCAGGACUGUAGGUACCAUCCAGCACUGCCUCCACCUGACCUCAGUAUAUACCCACUUCCUGCCCCAGCGUGGCCGCCCAGAGGUCACUACAAUGCCAUUGGGUCUUGGAAUGACAGUAGAUUACAUCUUCUUCUCAGCCGAGUCCUGCGAAAAUGGGAACAGAACUGAUCACAGGCUGUAUCGAGAUGGAACUCUCAAGCUCCUGGGUCGUCUCUCCCUUCUCUCUGAAGAGAUUCUCUGGGCUGCCAAUGGCUUACCCAACCCCUUCUGCUCUUCAGACCACCUCUGCCUGCUAGCCAGCUUCGGGAUGGAAGUCACCGCUCCAUGACGGGGCUCCCAGGGGAAGAGAGCUUCUCUUUCAGAAGAGCUCACUGGAUCAGAGACUGUGGAGAAAUCCCAUGCUUCUGGAAACUUAGAUCCAAGAAACUUACAUCCCCUCCCUUCCCCCUCCUUGUUCCCUUUUUCCCAUGGUUAGAUUUUCUCCAGGCCUGGCCGUGUUCUCUGCCUGUGGUCCUUGCCUCACCCCAACCUCUUCCUAAUCCUGUGCCACACACUCAGUGGCCUUGGGAGAGGCAGAAGGGAGGCUCCCCCUUCCUUCCAUGUAUCCAGAGCUCCCCCUUGAUUUUUAAUUACCAGGGUUGUGGGAGUUAUUGAUUUCAUUGGUUAUUUGCUUUCAGGCUGUUUCUUGGUGUACCUUCUGACCUGACCUUUUCCCUGCCUUCAGGACCUCUGGGCCCAGCCCUCUUGCCAGGCAUGCACAUGUGAGAUAUGUAUAUCAUGUAUGUGUCCUCUUGGGGUGAGACUGUUCUGCACAGCCAUGCCUGCCUCUGACCAGUCCACUUUUCACAUUGGGGCUGUAGGCCUAGGAGCAGGUUCAGAGUCUUCCCAAGUACCUGUGUAUGACUAGGCAGCAGCAGGGCAUGGCCCCAUCUCUCCUUUUAGCCUCUGUGUUUCAUUAGGCAUUCAUCCUGCCAACCAGGGCAGGCCCGGCAUCUGGGCUCUGGGAACAAAUGGGGCCCACAUCCUGGAGUGGCAAAUUUUGGGGGAUGCGCUACUUGUCCCAGCGGGCCCUGUGCCUCCAACCCAGAGCUCCCUACAGACCUGGUGUAAUUUCUCAAGGGCCCAUCCCUUUCCCCAGGCUUCCCUGAGGGAGGUGGAAGUUUGAACCCUUAUGUGGAGUUCAUUGGGCUAGGGUAGUGGUAUGAGGUUUAAAACUAUUUAAGGAUGAAGAGGAGAAAGAGUCUUCAGGAAACUCUUGUUUCACUGGACUCUGCAGUCUGCAGAACUGGGGCAAGGGUAGGAGUUCCAGUAGGGGAAGGAGCAGGUAGACUCUGCAGCUGCCUCAGGUGGGACUCAAGACCUAAACUGAUUCUCUUUUCCUCUCCACUUCUAAGAAGCAAUUUUCUGUUCCUCUCCUCCCACCACUUUUUACUUUCUGCUACCUCCCGUCUCCCGCUUCCCUUCCAUUUCCUUUCUAGAAAACCCUGGUAUUCAACUCAGUCCAAACUGCCUCAGGAGAAAGGUGGCCUUGGACAAAACUGGUCCAAGAAUUUGAAGUGGCAGUGUUUGCAGAUUGGCUCUGUCCAGCAAGGCUUUAGCUGCUUGUUGCCUCUGCUUUCCCUCCCCUCACACAGAGGUGCCCUGGCUUAUUCAGGGGACUCCUUAGUCCACACUGUGUCACCUGCAUGCCUUAAUCUUUCAUUGCUGGGGUGUGGCCUUGGGAGAUCCUGGGCCAGCCCCUCCACACAUCUCCCUAAGUCAGAGUGGCUGCUGGCCCUGGUAGAUUUGAGUGCUUUUGCCUCACUCGACCUUCAGAGUGGGACUGAAGACAGUGGCCAAGAGACUUGAGUUUGGGACAGUGAGCCAGGGGUUAAGGUUCUUUCCUUUUUUUGAAAGCCAAAGACCCAGUUUGAAUUGUGCUGCUGCAUUCAUGGUUAGAAGCUUUCCAUGCCUAUGUUCUAGGGAAUUUAUUUUUCUAUGUGUGUAUAUUUUUAAACUUUGUUUCCUGGGUACUGGGCAUGUGCCUGUCUGAGCCCCAGGUCUGUCUACACCCCACCAUUCAUUCUGUCUGUCCGUCCCCUGGACACUGCCUAAAAGGGUCUCAAGCCAGUGCCCUAUGGGUUCCUAGGACUAGGGCCCGUUACUGUUCUCUUCUGCUGGGAAAUGCAGCUUUAAAAUGGCUAGCGAGGGCAGAGGGCAGGUGCUUGAUAGUUUAUCUUUUCCUUGCUUUCUUACUUGUUUCUGUUUUGAAUAUGAAAUGGGGUUUUAAAUGGUUAUUAAACUCUUUUUCCAAAUAAAGGUUUACCUUUUUUUCCCCCCAUUGUUGGUCAUUUUUUUAGGAUCCUGAAGGGAUUAGGUCCUUGAGAGAGGGCCUGAAGAAUGAGGUGGGCAGAGGAAGAGACUGAGGAGCUUUUGAUUUUGGGGUGGGGUCUCAAGACAUAAAUCUAGAUUGAGAAAUGUGUUGUAAGGUUUCCCUCUAUUAGCUGAGGUAAAUUCCCACUGCUCUGAGGCCUGGGAGGAACAGGGCUUGAGUGAAACCGCCUGCCUUGACACUGUUGGGGGGGUAUAACUUUCUUCUGUCCUUGCCAAGUGAGAGAAUGACUCUUUGGACUGCUUUUCAUUCUUCCUCCAUCUGCUCCCCCCAAUGCCUCCCUCUAGUGUCUACUGCGCUUCAGGAGGGUCUGUGCAAAGUGGGAUAAGAUGUGUGUUUUCUUGGUUAAAGCUAUGGCAGCUGCAUGAGACAUGAUGCGGGUGGCACAUGCCUCUUGCUGAGCAUCUAUUUCUGAUCUCUUUUGCAUUCUGGAGCCAGGGCUGAGCAGUGGGCCAUCUGUCGCUGGAAAAAUGUCUCUUCCUUCCUAGGCCUAACUCUACUGGUGCUUUUGUCCUCCAGCCUCCCUAUGCAGUAAGACCAGCCAAGCCCACAUGUCCACUGGGAGCCCUGAAACCAGGUCUGGUUUUCUGUCUUACCUGAACAGGUUCCCAGAACCCACACCAGUCCUCUGAAUCAGUCUCUGAGAAUCUGAUUGAUUUAAAGCCACUUGGUUGCUUCCAUUGCACUACCUGGGUUGCAAUCCACUCACUGAUUUAGUAAAAAGAAAAUUCAGCAGCUGGGCGCGGUGGCUCACACCUGUAAUCCCAGCACUUUGGGAGGCUGAGGUGGGCGGAUCACCUGAGCUCAGGAGUUCCAGACCAGCCUGACCGACAUGAAGAAACCCCGUCUCUACUAAAAACACAAAAUUAGCUGGGCAUAAUGGUGCAUGCCUGUAAUCCCAGCGACUUGGAAGCUGAGGCAGGAAAAUCACUUAAACCUGGGAGGUGGAAGUUGCGGUGAGCCGAGAUCGCGCCAUUGCACUCCAGCUUGGGCAACAAGAGCGAAACUCCAUCUCAAAAAAAAAAAAAGGAGAAAAAAGAAAACUCAGCUAGGGAUUAGGAACAUCAUUUGUCCUCUUGGCCUGUUCGGUUGGUGACUAUAGAUGUGAUGAAAAAGGGAAACUUGGGACUCUGGAGCACCAAGAUGGAGCGAGACGGUCAAUACUGAUGGACUUGCAGCUAGCACCAUGGCAGCCUGCCUGGUCUGGGGAAGCUGGCAGGAGGCGAUGGUACCUGGUGGGGGCAGACUGUCCACCUCCCACUCCUUCAGAGGACUGUUUCCUGCCCUUCGCACCAUCAUCACGUUGGGCCCGGCACUCAUGUCCCUGCACUUGGAGUGAGCCCAGGGACACAGGGCAGACACUGGGCCUGCAGAUGUUGCUGCAGCUGAGCCAGAAAACAUUCCAGGCAGGAAAAGCAGGUGCACACAUUCACACAGGCCUCUGGGCACUCCACCAGCCAGAAUGAGACCGACUCCUUGACCUGGGAAGUCAAGUCCCAGCGGGAAGGGCUGGAAAUCACACGUGGUCAACUUCUCAGCUCUCUCUGCUCCCCAAACCCUGGCCCUAGGCUUGCUUUGUCAUCACAUCCCAAGGCCAGAGGGCUGCUGCUGUCCCCAACUUGGCCCUGCCAGAAGAGGGAUAGGGGUGGCUGGCAUGAUGGGUGAGGGGAGCAUGAGAAUGUGCGGAGGCCUUGGAGGGAGAGGACUGGCAGUUACGACAGGAAGGCUCUCUAUACCUGGCUCCCCAGUGUUCUGCCCCUGGCACUCAGCACAAGGAGCCAGGCUUUGGGGAGACUUUGCAAUCACCCCCCCAAUCCUGGUCUAUUUUCCCCAGGUUGCUUUCUUAGAACUCACCUUGACCCCUCCUCAGCCAGCAGCCCCCACCUCCAGGGGCAAAGGAGCUGGAAGGCAGUCCUGAACUGGUGGGAGCUGGGGUCCCAUCAGCCAGGCCCCGUCCCUCACAGGAAGUGAGAUGAGGUGAUACCAUGGAUGGUGACUAAGGCCCCAAAGUCCCUGCCUCUCUGCCUCCCCAGAAACCUCACAGCCAGGCCAGCCCCCGGAGCAGAGCCUGUGUAAACACGCCCAGGAGGGGAGGAGGGGUUGCUACAUAUGAGAAACAGUUAAAAAUAAAUUUAAAAAGCACCACUA